AUGGUAUCUGAUUCGCUUCCAACUUCAUUGCAAGAUAGCUCCAACCGCAAAUCAUAUAAUCAGCAACCUGCAUCACAAAAAACAAACAAAUAUGCAAUGCUUAGCAUGGCCCACAAACCGUGUUUUAUUUGUGAUGGUGAAUGUGCGGACAUAUGUAAUUGUGAAAAGUUUUUGAGCAUGGAAGUAGAUGAUCGCUGGAAAAUUCCGAGAAAUGCCCACAAGUUCAUCAACGGCUAUUCCGCCGUUAAUUGUCAUGUAGACUGUCAACUUGAUAAUGUUUUGUUCCAGAUAAUCCCAAUAAAGCUUUACAAUAAUGGAAAAGAAGUGUCUAUUUACGCCUUUAUAGAUGAUGGGACUAAUGCAACAAUUCUAGAUUGGGAUAUUGCUCGUCAGCUAGACCUACACGGCACAACAGAUACGCUAAAGCUGCAAUGGUUAAAUGGUCGCUCGUCUAGUGAAUCCACAGAAAUUGUUGAUGUUUAUGUAAGCGCUAUUGACGAUAAUAAAAAUAAAUAUGAAAUGAAAAGAAUUUACUUGUCAAAAAAUCUAGAAUUGCCAACCCAAUCGAUUGUUAAAAAUCAGCUGACUGUUAAUUAUCCCCAUUUGACAAAUAUACCAAUUAACGAAUACAUUUCAAUAAGACCAAAAAUGAUAAUAAGUAUUGCUCACGCAUUUUUAACAGUUCCCAAUGAAGUUAUAGAAAAUCCAUCGUAUUUUGGUCCGAUUGUUAUAAAAUGUAAAUUGGGAUUAAUUAUUUAUGGUCCCGUGAAAAAUUGUGAUUCAAAGGCCAAGCAAGUAUUUUGUACAAAUGCAGUAAAAAAUAAAACGGCCGAUGAAGAAAUAAAAGAUAUGAUGUAUAAUUACUUUGAGGUUGAAUCUUGUGGUGUGAAAAGUAAUAUUAAAACAAUUUUGUCAAGUAAACAUGAAAGAGCAUUAGAUAUAAUGAACACAACAACAAAGUUCAUUGGUGAUCGUUAUGAAUGUGGCUUAUUGUGGAAAACUAACGAUAUCUCGUUUCCACCAACUUAUGAAAUGGCCCGAAAAAGAUUAGAAUUAACAGAAAACAAAUUUAAAAGGGAUGAUGUAUAUGCUAAGAAAUACUGUGACAAAAUUGAAUUUCUGUUUAAAAAGGGAUAUGCCAGACGGUUAAGCCAAUCAGAGCAAGCAAUUACACCAAAAACCUUUUAUUUGCCUCAUUUUGCCGUUAAAAACCCAAACAAAGAUGAUAUUCGCGUCGUUUUUGAUGCUGCAUCCAAAGUCCAUGGAAUUUCUUUAAAUGAUGCACUUCUUUCUGGCCCUGAUUUAAACAAUUCACUUAUUUCAGUAUUGUUUAAAUUUAGAGAAGCACCGGUAGCGGUUUGCGGAGAUAUUCGUGAAAUGUUUUUGCAAGUAGCCAUAAAGAAUGAUGACAUAAAUUCUCAAAGAUUCUUGUGGAGAGGUUUAGAUUGUAAUGAUUCCAUACAACAUUGUGUUAUGACAAGAAUGAUAUUUGGCGCCGCUUGCUCUCCUACUAUAGCUCAAUUUAUUAAAAACAAAAAUGCCCAGACAUUUUCGGAAGUAAGCCCAAGAGCCGAGGAUGCUAUAAUUUAUCGUCAUUAUGUAGAUGAUUACGUGGAUUGUUUCCAGUCAGAUUAG